UAGGAAGAAAGUAGUGAAUAAAAGAUUGGGAAGAGAGAGAAAGAUCGAGAAAAAGCUUUCACCCACUUUUCCCGGCCAAAACCUCUGGUACUGUGAAGUAGGUAAGAUCCAAAAUACCUACCUCCAAAAAAACCCUAUAAAAGCCAUAUAAAUAUUCACUUUCAUACUCUCUUUAUUCACAACAAUCCCACACUUUCUCUCUCUAUAAUCCCACUCUUAUUUUCUCUCUCUAGCUCGCACCCCUGAAGUUCUAGCAAUGGCGUCAGAGAGAGUUCUUUUGGGCAUGGGAAACCCGCUCCUCGACAUUUCAGCAGUGGUGGACCGCGAUUUUCUCAGCAAAUAUGGCAUCAAGUUGAACGAUGCGAUUCUUGCGGAGGAUAAGCAUAAACCUAUGUAUGAAGAAAUUGCCUCCAAAUACAAUGUGGAAUACAUUGCGGGAGGGGCUACUCAGAACACUAUCAGGGUUGCACAGUGGAUGCUUCAAGUUCCAGGUGCUACGAGUUACAUGGGUUGCAUUGGAAAAGACAGGUUUGGUGAGGAGAUGAAGAAAAGCUCAAAAUCUGCUGGGGUCAAUGUUCAUUAUUAUGAAGAUGAAUCCACACCAACGGGAACUUGUGCUGUCUGUGUUGUGGGUGGUGAAAGGUCCUUAGUAGCUAACUUAUCGGCUGCAAACUUCUACAAAUCUGACCACCUUAAAAGACCGGAAAAUUGGGCAUUGGUUGAAAAGGCUAAAUAUUUCUAUAUUGCUGGUUUCUUCCUUACGGUGUCUUUGGAGUCCAUUUUGCUUGUAGCUGAGCAUGCGGCUGCAAAUCAAAAGACUUUCAUGAUGAACCUGUCUGCUCCUUUUAUCGCUGAAUUCUUCAAGGAUCACCUCGAGAAAGUUUUUCCGUACAUGGAUUACAUCUUUGGAAACGAGACUGAAGCGAGGACAUUUUCACGGGUUCAGGGUUGGGAGACUGAUGAUGUCGAAGAGAUAGCUUUGAAGCUUUCGGCCUUGCCCAAGGCAUCGGGAACUCACAAAAGAAUUGCAGUUAUCACCCAAGGUGCUGAUCCAGUGGUUGUCGCAGAGGAUGGAAAGAUAAAAUUGUUCCCAGUCAUUCUUCUACCCAAAGAGAAGCUUGUCGACACCAAUGGUGCAGGUGAUGCAUUUGUUGGAGGAUUUCUCUCACAGUUGGUUCAAGAGAAGCCUAUUGAAGAUUGUGUCAGAGCCGGGUGUUACGCCGCAAAUGAAAUCAUCCAAAGGUCUGGCUGCACUUACCCAGAUAAGCCUGACUUUAAAUAAGCCUUAUGAUUCCUUCGGCCUUAACUUUUGAGUUCUCUUCUCUCUCUCUCUCUCUCUCUCUCUCCUUUUUGUUAUUCUAUGGAGAGGCCAUAUGAUUUCUUUUCCAUUAUUAAUUUCUUAACAUUGUGAGGACAGCACAAUGUUAUUGCUUGAAGCUGAAAUGUAUUGAAACUUAGCAUUAGUUGAAUGUAUUUGUUUUUUCUUUUUUAAUUUU